AUGCAUUGCUGCUCACUGUACGAGUUCAUCAGAGUGCUCGUGGACCCGCAAAAGCAACAGCGUCGGCAAGCGACACACCAGCAUCCGCAGUCGCAUCGCCCGCCCGUUGUCGUGCAUGAAAGGAACACACUCAAUGGCAGCCACGAUGGCCGGUGGUGCCACUUUGUGACGAACCUUGGUCUACGAUGUCGUCAGCAGCAGCUGCUGCACACGAUCGAGAUGCAGUCGCCAGUUGUCGAGAGUGGUAGCGGCAGCGAUGUCUGCAGCGGUGUCCAUCACAUUUUGGCCACGUCGGCGGCUCCAGGCCGACUUCGGUGA